AAGAAUAAAAGAAUAUAAUUUUAAUAUCAAACUGCUAGAUGGCGUUUUAUAUACGAACAGUAUUGUUCGUACAAGUUUGUAGUUAAGAAAAUCUUUUGUUCUAAUCUAUUUUCUUUAUCUCGAGUUUUUAUAAUAAUCAUUCUCAAGCUACAACUGUUUCUGUAGAUGAGUACUUAAUGUACGUAUGUAUAAAAAUGUCAAAUAAGAUAUUUCUUAAAUUUGUAUAUAAUUCAAGCUAACCUAAGAGUAUAAGGAGAAUAUAAGAAAGUUUAUAUACCUCUAUGUAAUAAAAUUUAUUUUCAAGAUGAAUCUUUAUAAGAUUUAUCACGUAAUUCAAGAUAUGAGCAAAAACUCUUGUAAAUGUUGUAUGAAUAUAUAUACAAAAAGUAAUUCCAAAAUUUUAAUAAAUCAAAGAUUGUCAAAGACAUAUACUUCAAAUAUAAGUACUAGUCGAUAUAAAGAUAAUUCUUGGUACUUAUUUAUAAAGCAACGAAAAUGGAUUGUUCCUUUUGGAAUGGGAGUAACAUUGUUAACAGCAUUACAGUGGAGACAUUUGAAAAAACAUCCAUAUACAACUGAGGACAGUAAUGUGUACGACCCAAUCAAUGUUUUUGUGAUAAAAUGUUAUUAUUUCUUGCCAUUUCGAGUAAUAAGUCGAAUAUGGGGUUGGAUUGCUAGUUUGGAACUUCCAGUUAGUUUAAGACCCACCUUAUAUGGAUUUUAUGCGAAAACUUUUGAUGCUAAUUUAGAUGAAAUUGAUAUAGAGUUAUCAGAUUUUCCAAGUCUUGUUGACUUUUUUGUUAGACCACUCAAAUAUGAUGCAAGACCUAUUGAUCAAACUACAAAUAUAGUUUCACCUGCUGAUGGAAAAGUUUUGUAUUUUGGACCAGUAACUUCAUGUUGUGUACAACAAGUAAAGGGUGUUACUUAUAAUCUUAGACAUUUUUUAGGUGAUAUAAAUACAUUUCAUUCUGAAUGGUCUAAAUUUACUAAAGAAGAAGAUGAUAUUUAUAUAAAAUCUCUUUUAAAAAAUCCAACAAAUCAGCUCUAUCAACUAACAGUUUAUCUUGCUCCAGGAGAUUAUCACAGAUUUCAUAGUCCAACUGACUGGGAAAUAGAAUUUCGUAAACACUUUCAAGGGAAGCUUUUAAGCGUUAAUCCUAAAAUAGCCCAAUAUCUACCAGACUUAUUUUCAUUAAAUGAACGUGUAGUGUAUAUUGGUAAAUGGGCUGGUGGUUUUAUGGCUUAUAGUGCAGUUGGAGCGACAAAUGUAGGUUCUAUAAAAGUUUACUGUGAUAAAGAUUUACAUACAAACGCUCUUAAGUGGCCUGAAGCAAAACGAUGGAAAGAUGCUAGUUUAGGCUGUACACGUUUAAGUAAAGGAGAAUUAUUUGGUGAAUUUAGAAUGGGAUCUACUAUUGUGUUAUUAUUCGAGGCUCCAAAAGAUUUCAAAUUUUGUGUAGAAGUGGGACAAACAAUUAAAGUGGGGCAAGCUUUGAGCGUGUAUACUCCUGAAAUUGAAGAAAAACAAUAUGAACAUUCAUUAUGACAAUUAAUAACGCGCGUAGCGCUUGACUGGAAAUAUAUUUGGAGAGUAGAUACAUAAAUUCUAGAAAUUAAUUUACUGAUAUGGAAAAAAAUGACUUUUUAUGAUAUUAUUGUUAUCUCAAAUAGACUUCAGUGCAAAUGAUUCUGAAAGAAAAUAUAAUGAGUAUUUUAUAUAUUGCACAGUUUGUUAAAAAUUUAAAUUUUAUGAGCCUUUAAUAAAUUCAUAAACAAAUUGUAACAUAACUAAUAAUCAUUCAUAGUUGCCAUUUAAUAUUUGGAGAAAUUUAAUUUUUAU